UUUUCAUUUCUCUGCGCUCUCUCUCUCUCUCUCUCUCUUCGAAAUCAAAACACACUCUUUCUUCUCUCUCGUGAAUUUUAGAUUCUUUCGCUUUCUCUUCGAUGGAUUCAAAGCGAUUCGAUCGCGCGAGUUGCAAGGUUCGGGUCGUCACCAGGAUCCGCGGGUUUGCGGGUCCCGAGGCUAAUUCCGAACCUGCCGCUUCCAGAACGGUGGAGUGGGUUUCGGUGAACCGCGAAAAUUUGGAGGAUGUCACCAUCUCCUUCGGAGACCAAUCUUCCAGUCUGUAUUCAGUGGACUAUUGCUAUAAGGAAGAUGAAGAUAAUGAAUUGAUAUAUUCAAGGGAGGUGAAGCCUCUUGUGUCUGCAGCUUUUGAUGGUCAUAACAGCACUGUUAUUGCACAUGGUGCUAGGGGUAGUGGAAAGACGCACGUAAUUCAGGGCUCUGCUGAGAGACCGGGUUUGGCAGUGCUUGCUAUCGCUGAGUUUCUUUCAGUGGCUGAGAAAAAUGGGAAAUCCAUAGCUGUUUCUUUCUAUGAGGUUGAUCAUCAGGAGCGGGCCAUGGAUUUAUUAAAUCCAGAAAAGCCACCAAUUUUGGUUUUUGAAGAUCGUGGCAGAAUUCAGUUUAAAGGACUAACUCAGGUUCUUGUGAAAUCCAUUGCUGAAUUUCAGAAUUUGUACUCCUCUGCAUGUUUUGCACUGAAGGGAGCUCCCAAAAAAGGAGGAUGUGAACAUGUUCAUAGAAGCCACAUGGGAUUAAUCGUCCAUGUCUUUUCCCAGAAUGGAAGUCUUGUAAGCAAAGUGAAUUUUGUUGACUUGGCAGGUUAUGAAGAUGCUAGAAAGAAAAGUAGUGAUGGAUCCUACCUUGCUGAGAUUAACAAAAUUAACAAGUCAAUUUAUGCCUUAUUGAAUGUUUGUCAUGCUUUGAGUACAAAUGAAAGUCGUGUUGCCUACCGGGAAAGCAAAAUUACACGCAUGCUGCAGGAUUCGUUGAGGGGGACUAGCAAAAUUUUAUUGGUUUCAUGCUUGAACCCAUCAUUUUGCCAAGACACUAUUUACAUGGUUAGCUUGGCAUCACGGUCAUGUCAUUGGAUUCAUCGGGCAUUCUUAGAUUCCACCAAGAGAAAUGCAAGUUCAGCAAAACAAAUGGUGAAUUCUCAUAAGAACCAGAUACCCAAAAGUGUUUCAGGAACAGCAAAGAAAUUACAUGUUUCUUCUAAAUUACUUGAUAAAAAAGUUGUUGUUGCUAAGAAGUCUGCAAUAAAAGGAAGGAAAUUGUUUGAUGAAGCCAGUCACUCUGUUACUAAAGCUGAGAAGGAAAUUGCUGUUGCCCAAGUUACUCAAGCAUCAAAGCCUUUAUUGGACAAUUCAUUGUUGGAAACUGGAAGUGAUGUCGUACUCAACUCUGGAAUGGAAAAGAAGACUGGAAAUCAUGUUGUACUCAACUCUGGAAUGGAAAAGAAGACCAGAAAUCAUGUUGUACUCAACUCUGGAGUGGAAAAGGAUGACUCAUUUUCAAAAGCUAGAGAGAACGUGAAACUUGAUCUGAUGGUGCAAAAUGAUGAUUCAUCUUUUAAUGCUAACAUUGAAGUGGAACUUAAUCCCCUAGCAGAUCAGGGUAUUUCGGUGGAUGAGGAGGAUCAUCAAAAGGAGCAUACUCCUUAUGCUAGUAAUUACUCUGAAGCAUUGGCAAAAAUAGUUCAGGAAGACCAUAGCAUAAACAAGGAGAACAACAAUUCAAGGGCAAUCAGAGAUGAUUCAUUGGCUAUUAAUUCACCACCUAUCAGUUCUCAGUUGCAGGAUCUUUCCAAUAGUCUUAAAAUGCUAUAUUCUUCAACCCCAUCAUGCAUGCAGAUACCAAAAACGGAACCCAUUCCACUUGAUAUUGUUGAACCAAAAACUCCAACAAUUGAACAAAACAUGAGCAUUAACAGAUGGGAUGCAAUGAAUGCCAAAAGUCCCUGGGAGACAUUCAGCAUGCGAGGUUCUGGAAUGAAGAGUUCUCUUGUUCAAGAAUACCUCAGGUUUUUAAAUACAGCUAACAAGGAGGAAUUAAAAAAAUUGAAGGGAAUCGGGGAGAAGAGAGCUACCUUCAUACUUGAACUCCGAGAAGAAUCUCCAGAGCCUUUCAAGAGUCUGGAUGAUUUGAAGGAUAUUGGGCUUUCGGCAAAGCAGGUUAAAGGAAUAAUGAAGAAGGAAGUCGGAGAGCUUUUCAGUUAGUUAUAAAUGCAUCUCGGGAUUUAUACAAGUUUCUGGAAUAUUUUUUAUGUAUUAAUGUAUAUCCAUGGAGAAUAUCUCUAUUGGCAACCCAAAGUUGCCCUUGACUUGUGUAAUAUUAUGAGAUGUUCCUUGACUAGUGUAAUAUUAUGAGAUGUGUAGAAAAUGAUAUGAAGAAGAAAAAAACGUGUAUUUUGAGAAAAUGAUAUGAAAAUCUUGUCAUA